AUGGAUUUAGAAAUUUAUUCUUCUAAUAUUUUAUCAGAAUUAUUCUUAAAAAAAUCACCAGAUUAUUUUCAAGAACAUUAUCAACAAUUAUUAUAUAACAAUAGUAAAUUACAAUUAUUACAAUAUGCAGAAAGAACAAAAAAAUUAUUAAGUGAUCUUAUCAAAUUUAACAAUAAAAAAGAAUGGGUAAUACAUUAUCCAUCAUUAAACAAAAAUGAUAAAUUCCAUGAAACUAUUCAGAAAAACAGUAAAGGAAACGAAACAGAAAAAAAAAAAAAAUUCUCUCUAGAAAGAACCGAUUGUAAACACAUUCAUUUUACUAAUUCAUUGACUCUUAAAAAUACAAGCAAUAAUUCUAAUGUAAUUAUAGAAAAUAUAGAACAAAAAAGACACAAAUUUAAAACAUUUUUCAGCAAACUUAAUAUUUUAAAACUCCAAUUAAAACUUGGAGAAAUAACUGCAGUAGAAUUAACCCAACUUGAAAAAUCUACUAUCGCUUUAUUAUUAAACAAAAAAAUAUUUGAAAAUAUUAAGCAUAUAGAAGUACUUAUGGAGAGAAUAAAAAAUAAAUCAUCUAAAAUACUCGUCACAGGAGAUUUAAAUUCAGGAAAGUCAACUUUUUGUAAUGCUCUUUUAAGACAAAAAAUUCUUCCUGAAGAUCAACAGCCUUGUACUGAAGUUUUCUGUGAAAUCAUUGAUUCAUAUAAAAAUUCUGGAAAAGAAGAAGUUCAUGCAAUUCCACAUGGAAUGAUUUAUGAUAAACAAAAUUCAAAUACAUAUACAAUUUUAAAAAUUCAUGAUCUUAAUAAAAUUGUUAUCGAUUCAAAGACAUGGUCCUAUAUAAAAAUAUAUAUUAAUAAUGUUCACACAAAGAAUCAAAAUAUUUUAAGAAAUGAUACUCUAGACAUAACAUUAAUUGAUAGUCCUGGUCUCAAUUUUAGCUCAAUGAUAACAACAGCAGUAUUUUCCAAACAGGAAGAAAUAGAUAUUAUUAUAUUUGUUGUAAAUGCAAAAAACCAUUUUACACUAUCAGCAAAAGAAUUCAUUCUGAAUGCAUCAAAUGAAAAAGCAUUGCUUUUUAUCGUUGUUAAUAAAUUUGACAGUGUUAAGGAUAAAGAACGAUGUAAAGACGUAAUUCUAAAUCAAAUUUUUAAUCUUUCUCCUCAAACGUAUUAUAACGCAUCAGAACUAGUACAUUUUGUAAACUCAGCUUCAGUCACUGAAAAUAAUAAAACAUUUAAUAACAGUGAUUUUGAAAAACUUGAAAAAGACUUAAAAAUAUUUAUUUUGGAAAAAAGAAUAAAAUCAAAACUUUCACCAGGAAAAACUUAUCUAUUAAACUUAUUAACUGAUAUUAAAAUAUUAUGUGAAACUAACAAAUAUGAAGCAAUUUUUCAAAUACAAAACUUAAAAAAGGAACUAAAGUUAAUAACACCUAUUUGCAAACAAAUAACAGAAGAAAAAAAAAAAAUACUUAACGAAGUCAAAAAAAUAAUUGAAAAUGUUUGUUUAUCAGCAUCGAAAUAUUCUUAUGAACAUUUAUCAACCGCAAUUAUGAAAAUGGAAUAUAUUCAACCAUGUAACUAUCAGGGGUUUCUUAAAGCCUAUAGUUAUGCUAUGAAUACCAAAAGAAAUAUGUUAAAUUAUAUUGAAUUAUGUUUAAAUGACACAGAAACUUUUGCAAGAAUGAAGACAAACAGAGGCAUUGAUGAAAUUAAUAACUUAAGAAUAAUACAUAUAAAACCUUUUAAAAAAAUUUUUCAACCGCAAUAUAUGUUUUCUAAACACAAAAAUAUCAUCAAAAAAUCUGCUUAUGUUGAUAUUGACUUAUUUGAUUUUAUAGAUUUCAACCAAAAAAACCACACUUUUAUAGCAAUUAUGGGUACUUGCUCUAUCUUAUGUGGAAAAAUCGCAGGAUAUCAUAAUAUCAUUACUACAAUAUUUAAUACAUUUAAUAUUAUUGGAACAAAAAAUCUAAAAAAAUUAAUUAUUCCUUUUAUUUGUCUAGCAGUACUUAGCACUUGCAGUUAUGCUAUUUUGAAUAUACCAAAAGUAAUUCCCAAGAAAAUAGCAAAAAAAAUUAGACAAAAACUAGAAAAUUCAGAUUUCAUUAACCAAAAUUCAUUAAGAAUUAUAUCAGAAUGUCAAAAGGUUCUAAAAUACCCUCAAAAAGAUUUGCACCUUUUAUUUCAAAAAACUAUAAAAAAACACUAUUCUAGAAAAGAAGAAAUUCUAAAAAACUGGAAAAUUUCAAAGCAUGCUAAUAUUUUUUUUUCUGAACUUAGCUUACAGGCUGAACAAAAAUGUAAAGAACUUAAUAAUAUUAAUAUAGAUAACUAUAUACCAAACAAUAAUAAUAAUAAGCACUGA